AUGGUAUUGCCCAAGCUCGAGCCCGCUGACCUGCUAUCGCCGUCCGCCUACGCAUCGGCGAGCAGCUGCAAAGGCUGCACCGUGUGCCUCCGCCCGUUCUCGCUCCUUGCCGUCAAGCUCCACUGCAUUCUGUGUGGCGAGGUGGUUUGCCAAGCAUGCACGCAGCUGGCCUCAGUCGAGACGCACUCGACACAAGGAAACGUGUGCGCGCCGUGCUAUGGGAACCACCCGCGCCUCUUUGGUCGCUACAAGCCGCAGGAUGGAACCGACGAGUGCCACGGUACGGGUCCGCGCAAGUGGCCGAGCGACCAACGCUUCAUUCGGACCGACCAAAUCGCAGCAGCGCGCGCAGCGCGUGCUGACUGCGCCCGCUGCCGCCGCCCGUUUCCGUGGCUUGACACGAUGCACGGCUGUGUGACGUGCGGUGACCACUACUGCUCCGAGUGCACGCUUGCGGGGCUUGCUCUGCGUCCCGACGGCCAUACGUCCCACGAUGUGCGAGUCUGCACGACAUGUGCGAUGAUUGCAAUCGUCGAUGGCGGCAGCUACGAGCAGUGCAAGGUGCUGCUGCCGCAGAUCCGUGCGCUCUUCCACGCCCCCGACUUUCCGUCAAAUACGACGUCGCUGGACCCCGAGAGCGUACUGCGCAAGGCGCUGGACCUUGACACCAAGGCCAUUCUCUCCGAGAGCGGCCUCGCGACGGAGGACGCGUUGGUGUCGCUAUACGAACGCAACUUUUGUGGGUCCUGCGGCAGCUGGGGUCGUUUUCUGCUGACGAAGCGUCAUUGCGCUGUGUGCGGUGACGUGGUGUGUGCGCGGUGUCUGCUUUCCAAGCUCGCGGCAACACUACCGGUGCUUAGCACAGUACGUGCGGUUCCAGAGUGCUUUCAAUGCAACGCCAAGCAGUGCUUUGGACCCAACCCGUGGCUUCCCGCCGCCCCCGAGGGCACGGUGCUGGAGCCCUAA